CCCGGUCCCGACGUCGGCUGCGACCCGCCCGCCGAUUGAGCAUGGACUCCGCCGGCCAAGAUAUCAACCUGAAUUCGCCUAACAAAGGUCAGCUGCCUGACUUCAUGAUUGAUGUCCCUGUUGGCCCAGGUGUGGCUGCCCAGACUCCUGCUGUUGAACAGGGUCUGACAGAGGCAGAAGAGGAGGAGCUCAGGACUGAGCUUGCCAAGGUAGAAGAAGAAAUCAUCACCCUGCGCCAGGUCCUGUCAGCUAAGGAGAGGCACUGUGGAGAGCUGAAAAGGAGGCUGGGCCUGUCUGCCUUGGGGGAGCUGAAGCAGAACCUGUCUAAGAGCUGGCAUGAUGUGCAGGUCUCUAAUGCCUAUGUGAAAACUUCUGAGAAACUUGGAGAGUGGAAUGAGAAAGUGACCCAGUCUGACCUCUACAAGAAAACCCAGGAAACUCUGUCUCAGGCAGGACAGAAGACAUCUGCUGCUUUAUCCACCAUGGGCUCUGCCAUCAGCAGGAAGCUUGGAGACAUGAGUCUAAGGUUGUGGGUGGCAACGAGAAUGGCAGUGACAGCUUCCCGGGGCAUGCAGACCCACCCCUGCCGGAUCAUGCACCUUUCUAAACCUGUGAUAGCGUUGCCAACCUACGGAACAGGUGCAAGCACACCCUCAUCAUCCCAACUGCAACUCUGCACACUGGAGCCACCAGCUGGUGCGAGUGACCAGUCGGUUUUGAGGACAGUCAUGCCAACCUAUGUGCAGAUGUGGCCGCUGCCUUUGCAGGAGUUAGAGAACCAUCUUGUAUAUAAAUGUUUUACACUAACAUUCCUAAGUGAAGCAGAUCACUGUGCUGUCCUUCUCAGGGCCACAGGAAAUGGACAGCGUGGAGGGUCUGAGGGGUAAUAGGCCGAAGGUCAUGCUCCCCUUGGGAGUUGGGAUAGCUCCACAG